AUAUUCAGACCGAGAAUAAGCUCUCAAAGUGCUAAAGUAGUUUCCUCUGUUUAUUUCUGGUCCAGCAGAGUCGGUGUGAAGAGACUGAUUGACUGACUGACUGCAAAAGGAAAUCAGCAGAAGAUUGUGCAGAUUGAGGUUUAUCCAGAUUUGCCUUUAUUCCUGCAAGAUGAGGAUCCAGGUGAAGUUCAUCACUGGUUCAGUAGUGGAUCUUGAGGUGGAUCCAUCCAUCCAGGUCUCACAGCUCAAGAACAUGAUCUUUCUGAAAACCCAGGUGCCCGACCACCAGCAACGGCUGGUGCUACAGAACGGCAACAGAGUGGAGCUGAGUGAUGAGCAGCGUUUGUGCCAGUUCAACGUGACCUCCAGCAGUACCAUCCUCCUGAUCGUCAAGGACAACAGCCCCAUCCAAGUGUUCCUGAAGAAUGAGAAGGGGAAGAUAAGCACACACAUGGUUCAGCCCUCAGACUCAGUCACAAGUUUUAAAGAACGGGUUAGCCGUCAGGAAGGAGUUCCUCCCAAUCAACAGCGCCUGUUGCACAAAGAGAAGCAGCUGGAAGACGGAUACAAACUGUCCGACUACAACAUUCAAGCUGAGAGCACCAUCUGCCUCCUGCUCCGUCUGCGUGGGGGCUAACCUCAGCCUCAGCCGCUCGCUCCAUCAAUAGAAAAAUGAAUCCUUUCCCUGUCCCUGGGACCUUCUCCCUGCCACCAUCACAUCCAAUCGACUAUGGUUCAGCAUCCGAUCGGCUCUUAGAACUUUUUAUUUAAUGCUAUUCUUGAUGAUCACUCAGCAAAACCCUCCUAUUUUGGUCCCAGUUUCCCCCCACUAUUGCCCAGUAUUUGAUCAGUGCUCCCAGCCAUGUUGCUGGCCUGAGUGUGACCUCUUUGAUUUUAGUAAAGACCUGUUUGGAGUUGGGGUACAAAUCAGCCAUGAUGUCGUAGAAUGCUGGAACAGGCUUGAGAGGCUGAAUGGUCUACUCCUGCUCCUAUGUUCCUAGUAUCUGUCUUGGUCUAAUGGGGCACAGGUUGCACCAGGGAGGGACCAUGCUAUGGCUUUGAUCUCAGUCCACACGCUGGAACUCUUUCCCACAGUCCUUCCGCCUCACCCCCUCUCCUGCCUCCUUCAAGUCCCAUCUAAAGAACUUCCACUUGGACCGUGCUUUCGACCAUCCUCCCACCCCCACCUCCCCUGCUGUCCACCUCUCCUGACCCCAAUUCUGAUCCAAAACCCUGAUUUUCCAGUGCCCUGGGACGUCUUUCCGACGUGAAGGGUGCUAUACAAGUGUAAUUUAUUGUUGUCGUUGCCUGUAGUUAGCGCGGAGGGACCAAGACUGCCCCAGGCCGAGAGCUAAAGGCUUCCACCAUCUGGUCUGGCCCUUUCUCUGGUCAGUCACAUUGCACCUGAGGUAAUGAACACACCCUAACCCUAACCCUGAUCAUCCUGUUACUGCAGUAUUUCAAGCUCAUACUUUUGUUGCUCUCUUGUUGCCACAGCAAACGCACUUUUAUCUUGCUCGUAAGUACUCCAAUAAAAAUUUGUAUUU